GUCUGUCGGCCACUCGGUCUCAGUUUGCAGCACUCACGUCGGAAGGCGGAGGAGCUGAAGCACUGUGAAGGACACCGGGAGGAGGACCAAAAGAAGAAGAAAAAGAAGAAGAAGAAGAAGCUCAAAAGGGAGGGAAAAAAACUCUACGGCUAGUCCGCAGACGCCAAAACACGCAGCAUGGAGGACAAAUCCAACUCGUUCUCCGGCAGCAAGGAGGAGAAGGCGGACGGGAAUAACGUCUUCCAGAGGCAGGACUCGGUGCAGAAAAACAGCACCGGCAGCCAGAACACGAAGGAGCACGGCAACUCCGUCAGCUUCAAGGGGGAGCGGGAGGAGGCCAUGGUGGGCUUCGACGACCUGGAGGGGGCGGCCAGGCAGCACGGGUUCAUGCAGCGGCAAUUCGGGGCCAUGAUGCAGCCCGGAGUCAAUAAGUUCUCCCUGCGGAUGUUCGGCAGCCAGAAAGCGGUGGAAAAGGAGCAGGAGAGGGUCCAGACGGCAGGAUACUGGAUCAUUCACCCCUACAGCGACUUUAGGUUCUACUGGGACUUGAUAAUGCUCAUCAUGAUGAUGGGGAAUCUAAUCAUCAUUCCUGUGGGAAUAACCUUCUUCUCAGAGGAGACCACCACCACAUGGCUGAUCUUUAACGUGGCCUCGGACACCAUCUUCCUGGUGGACCUGGUCAUGAACUUCAGGACGGGGAUCGUCAAUGAGGAGAGCUCCGAGAUCAUCCUUGACCCGAAGGUCAUCAAGAUGAAUUACCUGAAGAGCUGGUUCGUCGUGGACUUCCUCUCCUCCAUACCGGUGGAUUAUAUCUUUUUUAUAGUGGAGAAAGGAUUUGACUCUGAGGUUUAUAAGACGGCCCGCGCCCUGCGAAUCGUCCGUUUCACCAAGAUCCUCAGUCUCCUACGCCUGUUGAGACUGUCUCGACUCAUCCGAUACAUCCAUCAGUGGGAGGAGAUUUUCCACAUGACCUAUGACCUGGCUAGUGCUGUGGUAAGAAUAUUUAAUUUGAUAGGCAUGAUGCUGCUCCUGUGUCACUGGGAUGGAUGUCUCCAGUAUCUGGUGCCUCUCCUCCAAGACUUCCCCCCUGACUGCUGGGUGUCGCUAAAUGGUAUGGUUAACGUUUCCUGGGGCAAGCAGUACUCGUACGCCCUCUUCAAAGCCAUGAGCCACAUGCUGUGCAUCGGCUAUGGCGCCCGAGCGCCGGUGAGCAUGUCCGACCUGUGGAUCACCAUGCUGAGCAUGAUCGUGGGCGCCACGUGCUACGCCAUGUUUGUGGGUCACGCCACGGCCCUGAUCCAAUCCCUGGACUCGUCACGCCGACAGUACCAAGAGAAGUACAAGCAAGUGGAACAAUACAUGUCCUUCCACAAGCUUCCAGCAGACAUGCGGCAGAAAAUACACGACUACUACGAGCAUCGCUACCAGGGCAAGAUCUUCGACGAGGACAACAUCCUGAGCGAACUCAACGACCCGCUCAAAGAGGAAAUUGUCAACUUCAACUGCCGCAAGCUGGUGGCCACCAUGCCGCUGUUUGCCAACGCAGACCCCAACUUUGUGACGGGGAUGCUGAGCAAGCUGCAGUUUGAGGUGUUCCAGCCCAACGACUACAUCAUCCGAGAAGGCACCGUCGGGAAGAAGAUGUACUUCAUCCAGCACGGCGUGGCCAGCGUCAUCACCAAGUUCAACAAAGAGAUGAAGCUGACUGACGGCUCCUACUUUGGAGAGAUCUGCCUGCUCACCAAAGGCAGACGAACAGCCAGCGUGCGGGCGGACACCUACUGCCGACUCUUCUCGCUGUCCGUCGACCAUUUCAACGAGGUGCUGGAAGAGUACCCCAUGAUGCGGCGGGCUUUCGAGACGGUGGCCAUCGACCGGUUGGAUCGCAUCGGGAAGAAGAACUCCUUGCUACUGCAGAAGUUCCAGAAGGACCUGAACGCCGGUGUGUUCAACACGCAGGAGAACGAGAUAUUGAAGCAGAUUAUCCGUCAGGACCGGGAGAUGGUGAUGAUGGUGGACCGCAAGCAGUCGGUCACCGGGAUGAACUCGACGCCAAUGUCGGGAAACUCCAUCAUUAACUCGCCAGCUCAGCCGCCCUUCUCCAACGCCUUCGGGAUGAACCAGUUCCAGCAGUCCUCGGUACCUCUGACCUACAGUGCUUCAGCCAUUGCCAACGCUUCCGCCGCCCGCAUGCUGCCGGCCGCCGCCGCAGCGGCCAUCUACCCCGUCCCCAGCGUCUCCCACGGCAACUUAAAUUCCUCCUCCGCCAACCCGCUCCAGCCACAGGGCGCCAUCAUGUCGCCGUGCUCCUUCACGGCCGCCAUGUGCAGCCCGCCGGUCCAGACGCCACUGGCGAGCCGGAGCUUCCAGUACGCUUCCCCCACCGCAUCGCAGCUGUCGCUGAUCCAGGCGCCCAUGGCCCAGCCGAAUCUACCGAGCCAGCAGCCGCCCGCGUCCGCCUCCGCGUCCUCCGCCGGGACGCAGCAGGUCCCUUCGCCUCAGCGAGGAGACCUCCACAAGAGCACGCAGGCUCUUCAGUCGGGCAGCCUGAGUCGAGACGUGCGACACCUGUCGGCCUCUCAGCCGUCUCUGCCGCACGACACGUCGCUGGUGCCGCGGGCGCACCAAGCCUCCGGCGACUCGCUGGCCUCCAUGGUGCCGCCGACAGCGGCUGCCAUCCCGGGGAUGAGUCUCCAGAGCGCCGUCCGCACCACAAUGCCCCAGCGGGUCAAUUUGUUCCGCCAGAUGUCCUCGGGGGCCCUGCCGCCCGUGCGCUCCUCCACGGCGGCGGCGGCGGCGGCGAGCCAGCCCAGGGAAUCGCCUGGCUCUAGGAGAGAUUCUGUCCUGAGCAGUACGGAGACUGAGCAAGACAAAAUGCGCUUUGCAUCAAAUUUAUGAUUUUUUUUUUUUUUGCGUUUUUUUAACCAGGGAGGAGCUCCAAGCUACUUCUAAAGAUAACCUCAUUGAAGCGGUGUACAUACGAGCCCUUGUAUGAUAUUUUAGACACAUUGUCUCCCUCCUUAAGAAUGUAUAUUAUACAGAUAAUCUUUUCUUUUAUGCCAUAUCCAUAAUAUAUACACAUAUAUGGCCUGUGUGUGUAUAUACGGUGCGAAUGGGGAGCGGGAGAAUGCAACUAAUAUAUUUCGCAAUGGCAAUUUCAAAACUGUAGUAUACACACGAGUCUUCCUUUCUGAGAAAUCUAAUGAAAUUAUAUACAACUUAUGAAUUUUUUUAUUUAUAUAUUUAUGUUUUUUUUUAAAAGCUGGAAUGCAUUAUGGAUUGUGACAUUUUUUAUUUUAUUUUUUUUUUGUUUGGUUUCCCACCACCGAAGAAGAGGAGAAGCAGCUUUAGGCGCCACUGUGGAAUCAAACAUGCAAAGUAACACUUGGAAAAGGAAAAUACAAAAAAAAAAAAAAAGCACACAUUCACAAGAAAGGAGUCACGACUUUCUGAACGGAAACAUCAACACAACACAAAAAGGUGUUGUAAAACCUCAACAGUGUUACGGCUCCGGACAACAACAAAAAAAAAGGGAACAAAUACUAGCAAAUGCUGCUUUCUUUCUUCACGUUUGAGGGGAAGACAAAUGGACGCUUGUUUUUCUAUUCCUCAUUUUGGAAUGGUUGAAAUGUAAUGUUCCGAAGAUGAAACAAAGAAAAGAAGAAACUCUGUGUAUAUUUAUAAUAUUUAUAAACUAAAGAUUAUCACCAUUAUGCAAUAGACUGUGACAUAAAGAUUAACUAUACGUGUGCUGUAAAUAGUUUUGUAGAGCUAGUAUUGACAGAUACUGUGUGGUGCAUUCUCUAUCAUAACAACGUCUUACUUCUUAACGUCUGUCGGGAACUUGGCUAUCACCUGCAAAUACGGACUAAGGAGCCUUAAUGCAGAAAUUGAAUGGCAGCACGGUGACAGCGGCACUGAAUGAAAUGUCCUCCAAAGUAGGUUUUCGCACAGAAAACAUCGUCCGGUGAAUUAAGUUUGAUUUCCAGUUGGAUCAUUUUCUUUUGAAUCAGGACGUUUGGUUUCGUCUUGCAAUGUACAUGCGAAAAACGAGAUUUUUUUUACGUUAACGUUACGCUGGUUUACCCGAUUUUUAGGCUUUUUUUCCCCCGUCAGUUGGUUUGUUUUCGAGAGCUACAGCAGAAUUGUUUUUAGCAUUAGCAUUCCGAUUCAACAGCCAUCAACAUUUUUUAUCUUCGACUUCUACAUACUGGUUCUACAUACUACAUCAUUUUUUUUUCUUUUUUGUGGUUUGUUAGUUUGUCAGCUGGUAUUGUUUUUAGCAUUAGCAUUUUGAGUCAAUUAUCAAAAUCUUUCUUCUCUUCGAGGUUUGUUUUUGCCUAUUAGCAUUGGUGUUUUUUGCAGUCUAAUACCGUUCACAUGUUCUUCUCCGUUUUUGUUUUCGACUGUUAGGGUUGGAGUCUACAAUCAUCCAAUUUUUCUGCUUGGUUUAUUUUCGUGACUUUUAGCAUUAUUUUUAGUAUUAGCAUGACAACUUUUACCACCAUUUAGCAUUACUAGUGUACAGCCAUGCAUAUUUUUUUUUCAAGUGUUAGCAUUAUUUAUAGCUUUAACGGUAAAACCUCUACCACCAUUUACGUUUUCUUCGGGUUAGGGUUUGUUUUCGACUGCUAGCAUUAUUUUUAGCAUUAGCCUCGCAACGUCUACCACCAUUUAGCAUUACUAGUGUACAGCCAUGCAUAUUUUUUGUUUCUUCAUGUUUUGGUUUUUUUAACUGUUAGCAUUGUUUUUUGCGUUAACUAUACAACCUCUACCACCAUUUACGUUUUCUUCAGGUUAGGGUUUGUUUUCGACUGCUAGCAUUAUUUUUAGCAAACUGUCCAUCUUUUUUUCUUUUUUGUGGUUUGUUAGUUUGUCAGCUGGUAUUGUUUUUAGAAUUAGCCUUUUGAGUCUAUUAUCAAAAUUUUUCUUCUCUUCGAGGUUUGUUUUUUGCCUGUUAGCAUUGGUGUUUUUUUGCAGUCUAAUACCGUUCACAUUUUCUUCUUUGCUUUUGUUUUCGACUGUUAGCAAUAUUUUUAGGGUUGGAGUCUACAAUCAUCCAAUUUUUCUUCUUGGUUUGUUUUCGUGACUUGUAGCAUUAUUUUUAGUAUUAGCAUGACAAAUUCUACCACCAUUUAGCAUUACUAGUGUACAGCCAUGCAUAUUUUUUUUUCCAGUGUUAGCAUUAUUUAUAGCUUUAACAGUACAACCUCUACCACAAUUUACGUUUUCUUCGGGUUAGGGUUUGUUUUCGACCGCUAGCAUUAUUUUUAGCAUUAGCAUCACAACGUCUACCACCAUUUAGCAUUACUAGUGUAGAGCCAUGCAUAUUUUUUGUUUCUUCAUGUUUUGUUUUUUUCAACUGUUAGCAUUAUUUUUAGCAUUAACAUUACAACCUCUACCACCAUUUACGUUUUCUUCAGGUUAGGGUUUGUUUUCGACUGCUAGCAUUAUUUUUUAGCAUACUGUCCAUCUUUUUUUCUUAUUUGUGGUUUGUUAGUUUGUCACCUAGUAUAGUUUUUAGCAUUAGCAUUUUGACUCAAUAAUCAAUUUUCUCCUCAUUGUUUUUGUUUUCGACUGUUAGCAAUAUUUUUAGCGUUCUGGUCUACAAUCAUCCAAUUUUUCUUCUUCGUUUGUUUUCGCAAUUUUUAGCAUUAUUUUUUAUAUUAGCAUGACAACUUCUACCACCAUUUAGCAAUACUAGAGUACAGCCAUGCAGAUAUUUUUUUCUUCUUCAACUGUUAGCAUUAUUUUUAGCUUUAACAUUACA